AUGUCCGUGGCCGGGCUGAAGAAGCAGUUCCACAAAGCGAGCCAGCUCCUGAGCGAGAAGAUAAGUGGAGCCGAGGGGACGAAGCUGGACGAGGACUUCCUGGAGAUGGAGAGAAAAAUUGACGUCACCAACAAGUCAGUGCUUGACCUUUUGUCCAAAACAACAGAGUACCUUCAGCCAAACCCAGCGUCUCGAGCCAAACUGAACAUGCUCAACACGGUGUCAAAGCUGCGGGGGCAGGUGAAGAGCACCGGGUACCCGCAGGCUGAGGCGCUGCUGGGGGACUGCAUGCUGCGCUACGGCCACGAGCUGGGGGACCGCUCCAUAUUCGGCUGCUCUCUGGUGGACAUUGGAGAAGCCAUGAGGCAGAUGGCUGACAUCAAAGACUCUCUGGACAUCAGCGUCAAACAGAACUUCAUUGACCCUCUGCAACAUUUACAGGAGAAGGACCUCAAGGAGAUCAUGCAUCACCUGAAGAAGCUGGAGGGUCGGCGGUUAGACUUUGACUAUAAGAAGAAGCGUCAAGGGAAGAUCCCAGACGAGGAGAUCCGGCUGGCUGUAGAGAAGUUUGAGGAGAGCAAAGAUCUGGCAGAGAGGAGCAUGUUCAACUUCCUCGAGAGCGACGUGGAGCAGGUAAGCCAGUUGUCUGCUCUGAUCGCGGCGGCGCUGGAGUAUCACCAACAGUCGAGUCAAAUCCUGCAGGAGCUGAGCACCAAGCUGCAGAAGAGAAUCUCCACAGAAAACACUCGUCCCAGAAAAGAGUUCAAGUCGAAGUCAGUGAGGAGCAGUCAUCACCAGAACGGACUGAAACACAGCUCCUCCAUCAUACACACAGAUCACCAGCUCCACACAGACAAUGGGAACACCGAUCUCAUCACAUCAGCUCCGGAGGCGUGGCCUGACAGCUCCGUCUCCAACGGCAACCAUCAGACGGAGGAGGUGCUGGACCAGCCGUGCUGCCGCUCUCUGUACGACUUCGAGCCAGAGAACGAGGGCGAGCUGGGGUUCAAAGAGGGCGACAUCAUCAUCCUCACAAACCAGAUUGACCAAAACUGGUACGAGGGCAUGAUUCAUGGUGACUCGGGCUUCUUCCCCAUCAAUUACGUCCAGGUCCUGGUGCCUCUGCCACAGUGA